AUGGAGGGCCACGGCGGUGGUGGUGGUGGGGGUGGCCAAGUGAGAAGACUUCACAUCAUUUACCUUCUCAGUCGAAACGGUCGUAUUGAACAUCCCCAUCUUGUUCGUGUCCAUCAUCUCUCUCGCAAUGGUGUUCGAUUGAAAGAUGUGAAGAGAUGGCUUUCAGAAUUGCGAGGGAAGGACAUGCCUGAAUCAUUUGCCUGGUCAUACAAGAGGAGGUACAAGACAGGGUAUGUAUGGCAAGACUUGUUGGAUGAAGAUCUUAUUACUCCAAUCUCGGACAAUGAAUACGUCCUCAAGGGAUCCGAAAUUCUCUCCACCACCUCUAACAAUGCGGAUCAUUCAUACGAUGGAAAGAAAACUUCCAUGCAAAAAGAGCCACCUCUUGAGGAUCAUGAGGCCAAACCACACAAACUAUCAUCAAAAGACAUAAAUGGAGAACACCCAGAGGCUAAAAUGGGAGUGACAACAAAAACAACAUGUGAAAUCGAAGAAGAUUCGCCUUCAUACAACUCCGAGACAUCGGCAUUAACGGACGAUUCCAUCAAGCUCGAAGAUGACAACCGUUUGGACACAGCCAAAAGAGAAAUAACAGAUGAACAAAGCCACACAUUUGAGGAUGAUUCUUCUUCUUUUUAUUCAACUCUCUUGAACGACAAAAACAAGAAGGGCAAUGGUGACAAACCGGGAAAUAUCGGUACACCAGCUUCGUCGAAAUCAUCGUCGUUCAGGAUUAGAAGGAGCUAUUCAGGUGGAGCAUCUCACAUGUUUAGGAGUUUGAUCACCUGUAGAGCUGUGGAUACUGAUGAGUCGGCCAUGGUGAUGAUCAACAGGAGCAAUAAAGCUUCUCUGAAUAUUCCUGCUAAUAAGGGGUAUAGUAAGAUUAUAAAGGGAGAGAAGUUGGGAGGAUCUGAAAGGAUCUUUGGGACUCCAUGGAACCAACAGCAGCAUAGUCGCAGGAAAAGCUGUGAUGGGGUGGAGGAUAAAAGGAAGAAUAAGAAGAGUGAAUUCAGCAAGGACAAAACAGUCUCUGCAGCUUACAAGCCUAUCAACGGACCGACAUGCUCGCAAUGUGGGAAGCAAUUCGGGCCAGAGAAACUGUACACACACAUGAAAUCAUGUAGGGGAAUGAAAGUCUUUGCCAAGGGUUCAAGUCCUGUUUUUUCUUCUGCCACAGCUGAGAAGGCGCCGCGGAAAUCAAUGGAUUCUUCGUAUCAGGAUUCAGUUUCUCGCUAUUACUUGACUAAUCACUGA